AUGAAAUACGAUAAAAAACAAAUCAUACUCUUUGCAAAAAAUAAAGAUCCUUUGCUGGAAUUCAACAAACCAAAACAAACACCGAAGUCAUCACCAUUUUGGUCUUCAUUUUGUCAAGUAUCUUUCAAUAAAAUCAAACAAGAUUUCAUUCGAUGCGAUAAAUGUGAAACAAUUCUUAUACAUAAAUCUAUUCAUGGUACAAAGGUAAUGUCGAACCAUAUAAAAGCUUGCAAGCAGGUAAAAGAAUCCAAUACAAAUGUUUGUGCUUUAUCGAAAAACUCAAAUUCUACACAAAUUUCAUCACAAGUCAAGAAAUUAAUUACUGAAGCAUGUGUUGAAUUUGCUUCUCUUGAUAAUCGUCCUUUCGAAACUGUUAAAGGUGUCGGAUUUCUUGGUUUAAUGGAAAAAAUAUUUUUUGCUGGUCAACAGUUGUCUAGAUUUUCAAAUAUACAAAUGAAUGAUUUGUUGCCUAAUCCGACUACGGUCAGUCGAAACGUUGAUCAAGCGUACGUAUUACGUAAAGAACAAUUGAUUAAAUGGUGUGAAUCAAUCGAUAACUAUUGUAUCACGGUGGACUUCUGGUGUGAAGGUCACACUGGAAUUCAUUUUGGAGGUGUUUCUCUUCACCAUAUUGAUCAAAACGAUCAUUUACAUGUAUUUGUUCUUGGGUGUUAUCCGUACGAUGAAGAUGAUCAAAAAUCUCCAAACAUUCGUGCAUUUAUCGAAAGAAUAUUAUCCGAAUACGGAUUGAAACUUGAUAAUAACAAUUAUGUGAUGAGUGACAACGAGAAUAAGAUGAAAAGUACUUUUGGUUAUAAUUGCAAACGCAUUGGUUGCAGUUCUCAUUACUUAAACAAGCAAUUAGAACAUGCUUUUACUUCUCAAACAAUUGACAAGAAACCAGUGGAUUGCAUUGAAGUUCAAGAAUUAUUUCGACAUGUCAAAACACUUGUCACUCAUGUUCGUCGUUGUCACAAACAAUUGAAGCUUUCAAGAAAACUUCAAAUGUACAGCGACACAAGAUUUAAUGGAGCUUUUUACAUGCUCAAUGUUUUUUUAUCAGUUUUUGAUGAAUUGUUUCCUGUCAUUAAUAAUACUCAUUUACAAGAUUAUGUCAGCAUAGACAAGGAUUUUCUUCAACAAAUAUGUGAUUUUCUAACACCUUUUGAUGAAGCAUUUCGACAAUUAAGCGAGACAAAACAACCUACUCUUCAUCGUGUCAUUCCACUUCGUCAAUACUUAAUAAAUCAUUGUGAAAUUGAAUCCAAAGAUCAUGAUGGAAUUAAAAAACUAAAACGUUUUUUAAGACAAAGAAUGGAAAAUUCAUGGGUUCUCGAUGAUGAACAUUACCUUGCCACCAUUGUUCAUCCAAAGCUGAAGCAUUUUCAAAUGGCAGCACCUGGUGACAAAGAAAAAGCAAUUCGUUUAUUAAAAUCUUUAGUUCAAAAUGAAAUAGCUUGUCAAAUGAGUACGUCUUCUUCCAUACAUUCCAUUAAUCAGUACCCAAUGAACAAUUCGUCGUGUAGUAAUCAUUCGAAAUCAUUGGAAGGCAAAAGUUUAUUAGCUCGAUGUUUUGAUCAAGUUUCUGAGCCUAUGCCACUGUAUUUACAUGAAUGUGAAGAAUAUUUGAACUCAACCACGACAAUGAAUGAGAAUGAAAAUGGUGAUGAUGAGGUUUUAGAAUAUUGGGCACAACAUCGUCAUCGAUUUCCAAAUAUACAUACAAUUGCACGUAAAGUAUUAGCCAUACCAGCUUCAAACACUGAAGUCGAAAGAUUAUUUUCAUGCUCCAAAAUGUCGGUGACAGAUACUCGAACUCGUCUUGAUACAGAGAAACUCAAUAAACUUAUCUUUCUUCGUAAAAAUCUUCAUUCAUUGAAGAUGUCAGAUGCCAAAGAAGAUGGUAGGCAAAAGCGUAAAUCUACUAAUCAAUAUGAAUCUGAUUCUGAAAGUGAACAUGAAGGCGAACAAUUAACGCCUUCAAUAUCGAAGAAACGUCGAAUAGAAAUUAAUAACGGUCUAUCUGACCAAGAUGGACUGAAUGAAUGA